CGUUUCCCUCCUAACACACUACAAGACCACUCCACCCACCAUUUCCUUGAAUGCAACACUCAAACCACUCUCUCAUUAGCUUCUAAUCCUCUCCAUUUUCAUUCAUUCAUUCUUCUUCUUCCUCAACCCUCUUGAAUUCAACAAAAUGCUUGGGAAAAAGAUCGGUACAAUGAAGAGACUAGCCAAGAAGAUUAAGAUUGUUGACAACGAGGGUCGUGAUCCGUCACAAAAUGAGUGUUUGCUAAGAGAUAAUUACGAAGCGGGAGGAUCCCCAUCAUCCGCCAAGAUACCACCAGGAAAUUUUGCAGUCUACGUAGGUGAGGAGAGACGACGAUUCGUGGUGCCAACCGGAUACUUGUCUCACCCUUUAUUCAAGAUGUUGUUAGAAAAGGCCUACAAUGAAUUUGGCUUUGAGCAAAGAAAUGGCUUGGUUGUACCAUGCAGUGUGACUGCAUUUCAAGAAGUGGUAAAUGCAGUGGAAUGCUGCAAUGGGAAAUUUCAUUUUGGGGACAUGGUGGAGGAAUUUAUAUAGGCAAUAGAUUAGGGUAAAACUCUGCUUUUUUGAGUUUUUAGAUUGGAUUAUAUAUAUAGUUCCAUGAAUUAGCCUGUAACAUAUAUAUAGUUCAUCCAAACAAAUCAUAAGACAAUACGAAGUUUUGAGUUUGUAUUAGAAAUAUAAAUUUCUUUCUCCGAAGUUUUGAGUUUGUAUUAGAAAUAUAAAUUUCUUUCUCCCUUUUCCUUUUUUGGUGCUGUAGCAAUGCAGAAGAAGCAACUGCCAGAAUCCGCAAUGAUCCCACUGUUUUCUCAUCCCUUCCCUUUUUAGGCUGAUUUAAAAUUCUCUCCUAUUUUUUCUCCCCAGCUGAAUUUGAUAAGUCAAGAAAAUAUCAUA